AUGUUAACCCCAAUUUUUGAAACAGAACCGAGUACGUCAUCAUCAACCUCACCAUUAUCAACCUCAUCAACAUCAACUUCAACAACUACAACAACUACAACAACAACAACAUCAAAAUCAACGUCGUCAACAACAUCAACACCAUCAACCUCAACAUCAUCAUCAACCACAACAUCAACAACAACAACAACAUCAACAACAACAACAACAUCAAAAUCAACAUCAACGUCGUCAACAACAUCAACAACAACAUCAACAACAACUGCCUGCAACUAUUUUCUUAAUCAAACGAAUUAUCCAGUUGGCUCAACUCCAUACUCAGUAGCAGUCGUCGACGUGAAUAGCGACAAUAAAUCCGACAUUAUUGUUACAAAUUCUGAUUCGAACAAUGUCGGUGUUCUACUCAACGCAGGCAAUGGCGCGUUUAAUGUUCAAACUACUUAUGCAGUUAGUGCUAGCCCAGUAUCAGUGUCAGCUGUCGAUGUGAACAGCGACAAUAAACCUGAUAUUGUUGUUACAAACUCUGGUUCGGGCACCGUCGGUGUUCUCCUCAAUGCAGGCAGUGGCACUUUUAAUACUCAAACUAUUUAUACAGUUGGUUCUAAUCCACGGUCAAUAGCAGUCGUCGACGUAAACAGCGACCAUAAAUCCGAUAUUGUCGUUGCAAACUAUGAUGCGAACACUAUUAGUGUUCUUCUAAAUGCGGGCAGCGGCACUUUUAACACUCAAACUAUUUAUACAGUUGGCACUAAUCCGCGGUCAGUAGUAGCAGUCGACGUAAACAGCGACAAUAAACCUGAUAUUGUUUUUGCAAACUCUGGUUUGAACAACGUCGGUGUUCUUCUCAACGCAGGCAAUGCCACAUUUAAUGCUCAAACUACUUAUACAGUUGGUUCUAAUCCACGGUCAUUAGCAGUCGUCGACGUAAAUAGCGACAAUAAACCUGAUAUUAUUGUUGCGAAUUAUGAUGCGAGCACUGUUAGUGUUCUUCUCAAUGCGGGCAGCGGCACUUUUAAUACUCAAACUACUUAUACAGUUGGCACUGAUCCACACUCAUUAGCAGCUGUCGACGUGAAUAACGAUAAUAAACCUGAUAUUAUUGUUACAAACUCUGGUUUGAACAACGUCGGUGUACUUCUUAACGCAGGCAAUGGCACCUUUAAUGCUCAAACUAUUUACUCAGUUGGUAUUAAUCCAUACUCAGUAGCAGUCGUCGAUGUGAAUAACGACAAUAAACCUGAUAUUAUUGUUGUAAACCAAGGUUCGAACAACGUCGGUGUUCUAUUACAUUGUUAA